AGCGCCCCCUGGCGGCCCGGCGGCCCCGCGGCACAGGCGCCGCCGCCAUCUUGUCGCCCCCAGCCGAGGGGUGGAGGCCGCGCCCCGCCCGAGCCCCGGCCCGGCCGGGAGCCAUGGCCGGGCCCGUCCCCAGCCGGGCCAGGGUCUACGCGGACGUGAACACCCAGAGACCCCGGGAAUAUUGGGAUUACGAGUCACACGUCGUGGAAUGGGGGAAUCAGGAUGACUACCAGCUGGUGCGGAAGCUGGGCCGGGGCAAGUACAGCGAGGUCUUCGAGGCCAUCAACAUCACCAACAACGAGAAGGUCGUCGUCAAGAUCCUCAAGCCGGUGAAGAAGAAGAAGAUCAAGCGGGAGAUCAAAAUCCUGGAGAAUCUCCGGGGGGGCCCCAACAUCAUCGGCCUCCUGGACAUCGUCAAGGAUCCCGUGUCCCGCACGCCCGCCCUGGUGUUCGAGCACGUCAACAACACCGACUUCAAG